AUGGCCCCAGUAGCACCGGCUACUGUAGGGGAAGCAAUCCAGCAAGACGAAGGCAUUCGAUCAGAAGACUGGCCCGAGGAUAUCAACCAGCCGUACUCGCGGGAGAGUGAUCGAGUACUAUUUAGUCAAGAUGGGCUGGACACCGGGGUCAAGGUGCUAGGGGAUGGACGGCUGGACAUUCACAUCAACGAGCACAAGCCAAGCAUCGCGGGAUUAUUGAACCAGCUUCGACGCACUCCCUUGCCUUCGGAUUUGGAACAAAUCCACGAUGUGGAAGACACAAAGCCGGUCCCAGAAGAAGAUGGGAAGUAUUUCCCACUGCAGCUCAACAUAGUCAUCCAGAUCAUUGGCUCUCGUGGGGAUAUCCAACCAUUUGUCGCUCUCGGGAAAGAGCUGAAAACUUACGGACAUCGGGUCCGACUUGCAACACAUCUUGCGUUCCGAGAUUUUGUUAACGAAAGCGGGUUGGAGUUUUUCGACAUUGGGGGAGAUCCGGCUGAAUUGAUGGCGUUCAUGGUAAAGAAUCCUGGGCUUAUACCCGAUUUCAAGACCAUUCGCAGCGGUGCCAUUCAAAAACGUCGGCGAGAGAUGAAUCAAAUUAUCCACGGAUGCUGGAGGUCAUGCUUCGAAACAGGUGAUGGCACACAUCUCCAUCAGAUCAAGGACGAUCCUUGGAGCGACUCAGUGGAUUAUCGACGACGAUCAUUUGUUGCGGACGCGAUCAUUGCCAAUCCUCCCAGCCUUGCGCAUAUUCAUUGCGCACAACGACUUGGGAUCCCUCUCCAUAUCAUGUUUACAAUGCCUUGGUCACCGACCCAGGCUUUUCCACACCCUCUAGCCAUCGUCCAUCCCCAAAACUGCAAACCAACCGUUGCAAAUUUUGUUUCCUAUGCUAUCGUAGAUAUGAUGGUAUGGGAAGGCUUGGGCGACUUGGUCAACAAGUUCCGCAAAACCUGCCUCUCAUUGGAUCCUCUAGAUACGAUCACGGCACCGAGUUUGAUAAAUCGACUACAAAUUCCGUGUGCAUAUAUGUGGUCCCCAGCAUUACUCGCAAAGCCUCGAGAUUGGUCAGAGAAAAUUGAUAUCUGUGGCUUCAGCUUUCUUCCAACUGAGUCGGACUAUAAACCUCCAGAGGAAAUUGAGACCUUUCUCAGAGCGGGACCAGAACCAAUAUAUGUUGGGUUUGGAUCUAUCGUGGUGGAUGACCAAAUCAAAUUGACCAGGACAGUGUUUGAGGCGAUCCAAAAAACUGGACAACGAGCUCUAGUUUCAAAAGGCUGGGGAAACCUUGGAAUUGACGAUGUGGAUGUGCCCGACAAUAUCCUCAUUAUCGGUAGCUGUCCCCACGAUUGGCUUUUUCGACAGGUGAGCGUCGUGAUACACCAUGGUGGAGCAGGCACGACAGCCGCGGGACUCGCCCUUGGCAAACCGACCAUCAUAAUCCCCUUCUUCGGAGACCAGCAAUUUUGGGGGAGUAUUGUUGCAAGAGCCGGUGCUGGCCCAAUCCCGAUUCCUCAUAAGCAACUGACAGUGGACAAGUUGAGUGAGGCGAUUGAGAUGGCUCUAAAACCCUCCACACAGAAGAAGGCACAAUUGAUUGGAGACAACAUGAAAAAAGAAUCCGGAGUUCGCGACGCGCGCACGGACAUCAAACUAAGUGCCUUUGCCGGGGCAGUUCUGGUAGAGACGGGGAGGAUCAAACCUGAAGAGGUUGUUUUACACCGGCCAAUGGAAUAUGAUACAUACCGUGACCCCGUUGGACCGCUAAGUGCAGGAGCUCAAGUGCUUUUUGGCGCCGUCGCCAACUUCUUGAUUGGGUUGGCGGAUGUACCAACGGAAAUCGUUACAGAUAUCGUGUCUACUGGUCGCGCAAUGGGACAACCGCAUGAGAACUCUGACCCUCGUUCUGCCUGUCGUCUUGGAAGAUUGUCUCCCAGGGAAGAAUCGGAAAGCGAGGAAGAGCAGAAUGAAGGAGAAAUCGAAGACAGAAUGGAGAGUGGUCAGGAAAAUACAACUGAUGAAGACGAACAAGAAGAGCUAGCAGCAAAUGGUGACCUGUUCGAUCCGACCCUGGACCGAAAAGACAGUCUACAACUUGAAAAACAACAAACGAUGAGCAGUGAAAUGGAAAAAUCCAAAGCACACAACAUUUUUUCCGAGGCAGCGAGUCAUGGAAGUAUUAUGUCACUGAAAUUCGUGAAUCUAGUCAUUUGGCUUCCGACAGAUUUGUCACUCAGUUUGGCGAAGGGGUUUCACAAUGCUCCUAAGCUAUAUCAUGAUCCGACGGUUAAGCGCAUCCCAACCGUAACCGGCAUUCACAGCGGAUUUAGAGCCGCAGGAAGUGAAUUCAAGGAUGGAUUCUAUUAUGGUGUAACUGGGCUAGUCACUCAUCCUCGGUUCGGAUAUAAGCGCAGUGGCACUAAGGGUCUGUUCAAGGGUGUCGGAAAAGGCGUAGGCGGAGUUGUGUUCAAGGUACCAGCCGGACUCUGGGGGCUCGCCGGCUAUCCUUUGGCUGGGCUGCGCAGGCGGCUUCUUGAAACCAUCGGCAGAUCCCAACAAUGUCAAAUUAUCAAGUCUAGAAUUAUCCAAGGGAAUGAAGAAAUGAGAGCAUCCUCGGCUGAGGAGAGAGCGGAGGUGGCCAGGAGAUGGAUUGCCAUUGAGGAAGAGAUGGAGAAGGCAAGGAAAGGGCACAACCGUGCGCAUGUUCACCAUAACGGCCACCAUCAAUAA